GCUCGACGGACUGCAAGAUGUCGGUAUGUUACUAUCCCCGGCCUCCGAGUACAUGUGCUCGACUAACAUGACGACUAGAUGUUAUGGAACUGGUACACCAUUGACGCAUGUUUCCUCGCGUCCUCAUGGCAGAUCAAAAACGCCGGCAUGUUCGCCGCCAGCUGCAUUGGUGUCGGUCUGCUCACCGUCUUCCUCGAAGUAUUCCGCCGACUCGGAAAAGAAUACGACGCCCUCAUCCAGCGCCAAUUCCAAGCCCGCGCCGCCGAACUCCAAGCCCGCAUGCCCAAGGAGACGGACUGCCCCGCCGUCGUUGCUCCCCAGACGCUCGUCUUCCGCGCAUCGCCGCUGCAGCAGCUCAUCCGAUCCGUAAUCCACGCCGCCACGUUUGGAUUGGCAUACAUUGUCAUGUUGCUGGCCAUGUACUACAACGGCUACCUCAUCAUUUCCAUCAUAAUCGGCGCUGGCCUGGGCAAGUUCCUUUGCGACUGGCUCGUUAUUCGUGUCACUCUGGAGGCUCUUGCGGCAGCAGCUCCCAACAAUGUUGUUGGGAUCGAGGAGCCAAGUGUCUGCUGCGGUUGAGAGGAUGGCUGGCCUGGUCGAUUUGCAUUCUGAUGUUACAACGGGCGUUUGGAAAAGCGUCUUAUGACGGGGCGUUGGCGGCGCGGCAUGUCUGCUAUUUGUCGCAUGAGGUUCAAUCUUCCUCGGGCUGGAAGCAAUUUGCAAGGUGCUCAAUCUUCGUGCACAUGAUGAAUAAAUACCCUGUCUCUUUCGUUCGCUAUUCUGUUCGUCCCGCUACUUCUCGAUUCAUUGUGACACAAAUGUUGAAGUUGCCUACUAUUGCAGAUAUGAAUCUAGCUACUUCUCUCGCAGGUCCAAGUAAUCUAGGCACAGUAGUGAGCCGUGUUCCGUUCA